AUGCGCAUCGACGAGUUCGAGGUCUGCGUCAACGUCUACAACGACGACGGCAGCACAGACCGCCUGGAGGAGUACAACGUCAGGCACGAUGGAGGGUCUCGCGCCUCGGCCCACAUCUGCUCGACAGAUGGCGCUGUGUUUGGCUUCAAAGUCGACCGGGAUCCAAGUCCGAAGCCACGGGAAGUGCUCAUCAGGUUGCUCUUCGACGGUGAAGAGGCCAAUUGGAUGUUUUUCUACACCGCCAAGCGGGCGAAGGAGGUCGAGAUUGUCGAUUUCCAUGUUACCAAGAGCCAGGCUAAUCGUCCUCGGGUCGGGGAUGUCCAGGCAGCCUCGCCCCUGUCGGAUACGGUCCCCAGCUACAAGGAGCUUCAGUCCGAGCCGAUCGCCACGUUCACCUACAACUACGCCUCUCGGGACGUUCUCGAAGCGUGCGGCAUCAUCCAGGUCGACGGAGCGACCGAGGCCGGCGAUACCAGCACGGGAGAUGCUGACGAAGAACACGCCCUUCGCACGGAGAACGAUGAGCUCAAGCGCCGCCUUGGCCGUCUGGAGAAACAGGUCAACCUGCUCAAGCGGAAGAGGCCGGACAGCCGCGACGAUGGCGCCGACGUCAUCGAUCUGACCCAGGACGACGGCGACGACGACGACAACGGCGACAACGGCGACAACGGCGACGGUCGCGACGGUCGCGACGGUGCCGAACAGCAAGGAGCUGUACCCGCUGGCGUCGAUCGCCAAGGACCGGAGGGCGAGCGCAGCGAAGAAGCGAGCGGAAGCAAGGAGGACGAGCGCAGCGAAGAAGCAAGUGGCAGCAAGGAGGGUGGUGUUGACCAGCAGAAGGCUCAGAGUAGCGAACACGCCGAGGAGGAGCCUGCAGCCGAGCAGCGACCUGCGGCCGAGUAG